AUGUCCUCCCAGAGGUCCGCGGAUAUAUUCCGCGCCCUCCCAGUGGAGCUCAUGAUCGAAAUUCUGCAGUAUAUCGAUGAUUUCUACAGCCUCGUGAGCCUGACCAAAGCCUCACCACACGCCGAAUCUGUAUGCGCGACAUACGCCCUCCCAAUCUUAAAUCGCCUCACGAAAUGGUAUUCUCUUUUUCACUGCCCCUACAGCUACCGCGAUCAAGGCAUCCCAAUGCCCAUUCGUGGUAUAUUUCGUUGUCUCGCUCUCAUGCUGAGCGAACCACCAUCCGAUAUCGAAUCUGUGAGGCGCCAUUUUGAAUACACGCAAGACUGCCCCUGGAGCGUGGUCCCAAUUCCGCUCUGCCCCAAGAGAGCUGCCACAGUAGCAUUUGAACUGAUUCGCAUCGCCGGUCGUAUUCAGCGUCUUGCAUGCAUGUGUCUUCUCACCAUGGUCGGCAACCUCCAUUGCGCAGUUUCUAGCUCCAAACUUCUCGGCCCACAACGUGCGACACAUUUCAUCCCGUUUGGCUGGGUCGAGGAAUAUAGAGUCUAUCAAGCACUCUGGAAUCUUCAGCUUUAUUCCACAUACAUCCAUUAUACGCAGAGUAAAUGGGGCUGGUCAGAUGAGGAGGUCCAGGCGUUGAGUAUUGAGAUCCCUUGGCAGUUCGCGUCAAAGGGUGCCUUGGAUGAAGAGAUUCCAUCCGUGACGACUGUUCUCAACCAGUUGGGCCUUAUAUCGAAACAAAUAUCCCACCUGCCCUUAUUCGACUUUGAUGAUAUGGAGGAGAUAUUGGACCACAGCGGAUACCCCUCAUCAUGUGCAUGGUCACCACCGCCUGUCCCUGAACUAAAAUGUUUCCCGGGUGGACGUGACCUCUGGGGCCAAAGCUCCCAGAUUGCUCUCGUAGAAUUAUCAAGAUGCACAGAGCUAUGGCGAUUUAUGACCGACCGUACUCCAAAUACGACUCGCCCGUUGGAACCGGCGGUAACUUUUCGGAUGGAUGGACCCGAGCGACCUUUUUUCCAAGGGAUGGGUCUAUUCAUCUGGGACGAAUGGCGUAUGUGCGCAGUGGGUCUUUUCUACCCUGAGACCCUCAAAAGGGAAUCUGGCCUUCCGCGUGGACCGGAUGGAAAACCGAUUGAUCUAAAGCCGUUUUUGGACAACUUCGAUUCAUGGAACCAAAAAGUCAUUUACGAACGCUGGUGGUCUUUGCUAGGGGAAUAUCCGGAUUUGUUGGAUUUUGUCCCGCGAGACCCUUUCAAACCUCCAUUUCCUCCAUUUCCUUGCAAGCAUUGGAUGUUUAAUCGGGAGCGGCGGCUCGCUGCUAGUCCCAGCGAAAGUCAAGGUUUGAUUCCUCCAUGGGUCAGUCGAAUCGCAUCGUCGCCGGGAAGGGUGUUGAGCACCCCCUUCGUCUGUUACAACGUUCAUGUCACUUAG